GAUACAUUUCCACCACAGAACGACUCGCCAGGUUUAAGUUAAGGUCGACUUCAGCUUGUUAAAUUAUAUAUAUUGUUAACAGUUUAACGGAUAUUUGUUCGAUCGGGACUUGUUGUAUUGACUGGGACGUAUACAGAUUUGGUUUGGAAACACAGUGCUAAGUUUACUACUAUCACUUUUAAGUUUACCAGCGCAACAAAGGCUGAAGCUACUCGUGGUGUAUCCCAAAACCAGCAUGCAGUCAGAUGGGGACAGUGGACUUAAUCUUGAGGCCCAGCUGACACAUAAAGAAAGAGAGUGGAAAGAACUUCAAGCUGUAAGGGUUCAUCAGCUGGAGAGUUCUCUCAAAAAGGCCCAGGAGGAGUGCUCUACUCUCAGAGAACUCUACUUACAACUGAGGGAAGAUUUUCAGUUCAACCUUGCAAUCCUGGAUGAACGAGACAAAGAGUUGGAGAAAUAUGAUGUAAUAACUGCCAGAGCUCUGCGUGUGGAGCACAAGAGGUUCCCAGUUCGUUGUGUGUUCCUCGUGUCGCCUCGUACCAGCGUUAUUUCCUCCACUUUGGCUGGUGAAAUGGAAAAGCAAACAGAGGAGUAUGAGGGGAUUAAAAGGAAUUUGCAGUGCAUAAUACAAGAGCUAGAGGGAGAGAUGACCCUGCAGAAACAGGAGAUUACAGCAGCUUUUGAGAGAGAGCUCAAACAGCAGGAACAUGAGUUCAACUUGAAAAUGGAUGACAUGUGGGCAGUGUUGCUUUCUCGAGGUAUCAAGGUAAAGAUGCUAUCUAAAGAGACUGAAAUUCACUGCCAGGCUCAACUGCAGGCUACAGAGGCUUUCAAAACAUUGAAAGAGUUCUGUCAUCAAAUACAAACCCAGCUGCAACGCCAAGACCAGGAGAUCAAAGGCCUCAUUGCUGUCAAGGACCACAGGAUAAAGGAGCUUAAUAAUGAGGUGAAACAAAUGGGGACCAAACUGAAAAAUACGGAGGAGGACAACAUUAACAAAUAUAAGAAUGUGGUCUUGGCCUUGAAGGAGUGUGAUGCAAAACUAGAGGCUCAGUGUCACACCUUCACAGAGCUGAUGCAGAAGGCUGAGAAACGCAUUGACAAACUACAGGAGAAUAUGGAAGUUUUGACUGCACAGGUACGCUGGUCACAGAAAGACCAUCAAAAGGCCAUGGAAGAGAAAGAUGCGAUAAUUCAGAGGCUUCAUAAAGAGGUAGAAACAACUCAGACUGGCUGGGACAAGUACAUCAGUCACGUUUCCACCGAGAUGGUUGUCAAGAAAACUGAGAUGAUCAACCUGUGCGACAGAGAAUUCAAGCUUAGAGAAUAGCUGGAUAGGGGCAGGGAGGAGAUGGAGAGGUACAAGCAGCAGCUUUGUGCUGGUUUGGAGAAAGAAAGAAAUUUACAACAGAUAAAAGUCCAGGUGGAGCUGGAAUGGCAGAGACACUGUGAGGACAUGAAGGCCAAAUUCUACCUUGCCAAGGAGAAGCUGAUACAGGAACUAACCCACGCUAGAGAUCAGGGUUUCAUACCAAGGGUAGAACUUCUAGCAUCUGAAGAGAUCUGCCGUUUGAAGGAACAGAACAGCAUCCUCCGGGCUGCAGUUACUCAGAUGAGGAAGGACAUGGAGUGUCUCAACCAUCCCCUAUUCAGCUCCCAGGCCCAGCCACAGGCAGCAUAUCCUCAGCCAGUUCAGCAUCCAGGAUCCCCUGCUGCUACAUCCAUCACUACAACAGCUAACACUCAGAUGGCCACCAGACCACCUCCCCAUUGCACCGACCUCUCUUCCAAAGUCAACCUAUCAGGUGUGGACAAAUUGCAGAACAGCUUCAAGAGAAAAACUGUACUCCGUAGCAGCCACAGGCCUCAUGUUUGUUUAAAAUGUCCAGGUGCAAGAGGCAACCCUCCUCUUCUGCAUACCAGGUUGAAGCAGGCAGUUGUAUCAGUCUGCCUGAGCAGCGAGAAACAGCAGCUGGAUAGAGAUGGGCAACAUCUUCGUUCGCAGAUUACCACUGCUGGACUACAAGGUAACGGUAAGCUGAGCAGGAGGGAGACAGUCUGGUGCGGUGGUGCUGAAGUCCAGAUGAUGGUGCAUGGUAUCGGUGCUCCCUUUCAUUGCCAUUCACUAACUGAGGUCCAGCACAGGAUGAACCAUGGUCAUGUCCUUCUCAGCCUGUGACAGCAGUAAAACAUACUCCAUGGUUCUUGAGUAGCAUAAUUACAUUUUAGAAUAAAACUCAAAACUCAUAAUAUAUUUAUAUUUUUACAGCUCCUAUCAUCAUCAGAGCUCACAUGUCUGAGCAUUUGACCUCAAU